UUAGUAGUUCGGCGGCGGUCACAUCAUACGCAUCCCCUAUAAAUCGAAAUAAGUUGAAGUUACAUAAAUAGGAUCAACAUGCUGCGUUCGGCGAUGAUGUCAUCGACCCUGUCCCGGGCUCUCCAAAAGGCGACUCAGACACCGAAUGCGUCGAUUUCGGCGCUGCCCGCUCUGAAUUUGGCCCUGGUGCGCCAACAACAAACGCUUCCAGUUGCCGAAGUGGCCCAAAAUCUGCCCAAGAAGGGCUACUCUCCGUUCGGCACCAAACAGUCCUCCGUUGCGGAGUGGUCACUGGCCAGACUGGACGAUCUGCUCAACUGGGGUCGCAAGGGCUCGAUCUGGCCACUGACUUUCGGUUUGGCCUGCUGUGCCGUCGAAAUGAUGCACAUCGCUGCUCCGCGUUACGACAUGGAUCGAUAUGGUGUUGUGUUCCGUGCAUCUCCACGUCAGGCCGAUGUCAUCAUCGUCGCUGGCACGCUGACCAACAAAAUGGCACCGGCCCUGCGAAAGGUCUACGACCAAAUGCCCGAGCCACGUUGGGUCAUCUCCAUGGGCAGCUGUGCCAACGGCGGCGGCUACUACCAUUACUCGUACUCCGUCGUCCGUGGCUGCGAUAGGAUAAUCCCCGUCGACAUAUACGUACCCGGUUGUCCGCCAACCGCCGAGGCGCUCAUGUACGGCGUUUUGCAGCUGCAGAAGAAGGUUAAGCGGAUGAAGACGCUCCAGAUGUGGUAUAGGAAGUAAGGCAACGAUCGGAACUUAUAUUUAAAAUGUGAAACAUCAAACGACAUACGAUUUUGCGAACAGAAAUCAUAUUAAAUAUCGUUCUGUUAACGUUCAGUUGUUGUAUACAUUGUUUGUUGGAUCACGAGGAUAUUGCAAAUAAAUGCCUUUCGAUAUAAAUACAAACAUUCAAGCUGUGCUUCUGUAUCCAAACGUCAGCUUGAAUCGUACGUGUGUUUGCCAACGGUCGUAAUGAAAAUCGUGAAUUCGAAAAAAGUUUUGUUUCCCUUCAAAAUGAGCGUGAAGUUAACGGCUCCUUCCUCUUUUUUUUAUCGUGAAUUGUAUACACAACCAUAUCAUUUAGUUGUCAUAGAAACGAUCGCACCAACCACAGGACAAUCUGCUGUUUUUACUUAAUUUUUCUGUAUUCAUUUCAAGGUCCUGACGUUUUCGGGACACAAAGUGCAAGAAUAUAAGCUCAGUUUAAAGUGUUUAAAAUAGUUAUAUUUUUUAAUUGGCAGAUUUUUUUUUAACGCAACUGCAGAGUAAGCAAACCCUU